UGAUAUUCAAUUUACUAGAGACAUACUCAAAUAUGUUAAACCAAAAACUGGUUGUCUGAAUCAUUAAAUAAUGGAACGACGUUUGUGCGAUAUAUAUAUAUCGAACAAUAAAAUUUGAAAUGGAACAUUUGUUAGUGGCGGAAGCUAUUGGAGAACGGGAAAGGUUUCUAACAACCGGUUGUUCAAAAUUGGACACGAUAUUAAAGGAUGGCAUAUCUUGUCGCGGUAUCACGCAAUUUUAUGGUGCAGCUGGUACUGGGAAAACGCAAUUAGCCUUGCAGUUAUGCCUUACUGUUCAAUUGCCUACAACUGCAGGUGGUCUCCAAGCUGGUGCCAUAUAUAUUUGCACAGAAGCUCUCUUCCCAUCAAAGCGGUUGCAGCAGUUAAUAGAAAACUCUGAGAUAGCUAAGAUUCAUUCUGUGAAUGGAGAUGUAAUAUUUGUAGAUCAUGCAUCCACUAUGGAUGAAUUGGAAUAUUGCCUACAUCACAAAGUCCCAGCACUGAUGAAUGCUCACAAAAUAGGAUUAUUAAUCAUUGAUUCCAUAGCUGCUCCUUACAGGGUGGAAGAUUGGGAGGAUCCCUCACGAGGCAAAAGUUUAAGGAAAAUUGGGAGACAGUUGCAUGAAUUAUGUAAAAAUGGUGACCUGUGUGUGAUCUGUAUUAACCAGGUCUCUGCAAUUAUAGAUAAUAAUAUUAUUUCUGACAAUGAACAGCCAGCUCUAGGACUCACAUGGUCAAGCAUGAUUACUUCUUCCAUACACUUUUACAGAAAAGCCUCCGUUCGAUACGCUUGUAUAAUGCUAGCCUCACACUUGCCAAGGAUUACUUUCAAUUUUGAAGUUAAUAGAUCUGGAGUCAGGGUAAUUCAAUAAAUCUCUGUGAUAUUUUAUGUAACAAAACAGUGCUUUAUUCCAUCAGUUUGUAUAUGUCAUGAAAUAUAUUUUCAUCCAAGAG